AUGAAGACCUCCCGGAGUUUCCAAAUCAUUCCUGCAAUUGCGAAUGCCUGCAGGUACUAUCAGUCCCUGCCACCAGUGGCGAAGAGCUAUGCACUGGUCUGUUUUAUGACCACAGCUGCGGCUCAUGUGGAACUUUACAAUACCCGGACAAUAGCCCUUUACUAUUCAGAUGUUUUCAGAAGAUUUCAGGUCUGGAGGCUUGUCACUAACUUCUUUUUUCUCGGGGGAUUUUCAUUACCAUUUGCAUUUCGGAUCCUUGCAAUACUUUAUUAUGGAGCUGCCUUGGAGGGAGGUCCAUUCGACAAAAGGACUGCCGAUUAUAUCUGGAUGUACAUAGUUGGAGGGAGUUCAGUUCUAGUGAUGGCAAUCAUUCCAUUCAUGUGGGCACCAUUUAAUGGAUCAGCUAUUGUUUUUAUGAUCCUAUACGUCUGGAGCAGGGAGAAUCCAGAUGCCAGGGUUAAAAUGAAAGGCCUUUUCCAGAUUAAGGGACUACUCUUGCCAUGGGUGACACUGGGAAUCGAUACAGUCUUUGGAUAUCCAUGGAUGCCGGGUAUUCAAGGGAUCGCGGCAGGACACAUUUACUUCUGCACUGUGCUUCUUCCCUUCUCCACUGGGAGUUACUACUUCAAGACUCCUCAUUGGGUUCACAAUAUGGUUGAAUCUUGGGCCGAGGCUAACCAAACCAAUGCUCCAGCAAAGCAAGAUCCUGAUGCUGAAGUAGUUUUUCGAUACAGAAGCUAUCGGCCAGGCGGGAGCGGGAGCGGGAGCAGUCGAGCCUCAGCUAGGCCAGAAAGUAGCAGCUCUUCUUCACAGGUGCCAGAAACAACACAGCCAACCAGGACUAUUGUUACUCCUAGUAAAGCUUUCCGUGGCAAGAGUCGCCGUCUUCUAGUUGGAAGAUAA